ACAUUCUAAAGAACUAUUUUCCCUUUAUCUUCCACUGAGCAUCAUGGGAAUUGCAGUUUCCAAGAGAGGUUUGCAACUUUGGCCAAUGGGAAGGGAGAAGGCAGGGGGCGGGAAGCCAGUAACCCUCCCUCAGCCCGCUUUUUCUCAGGAGUGGUUAGGGGCUACCGCGGUCUUUUCCUUUUCAGUGUUUCCCGUCCCCUAGAUCCGAGGAUCUAGGAAAGAAAGCUAUCUCAGGAGAUAUUCUUAGAAACAAGACUAGGGUUGUCCCCGCCUUUCCUUUCGCCGCGCCUCUUGACGUCACUUCCGUUAAUGGGCGUGCCCAUGCUCCCAAACCCUUGGCGGGACCCUGAGCUUCAGAAUUCCUCUCCGACCAGGCUUAACAUGAACAACAUAUCUAGUACUCAAGGAUCUCUUACACCUAAAAAUUCUUCUUUGAAGAGUGAACAUGAAGAUGAACUGCUUUUUUUACCUGAAAAAUUAAGAGCAAGACUACUUCCUUUCCAGAAGGAUGGUAUCACCUUUGCAUUGAAAAGAGAUGGCAGGUGUAUGGUUGCUGAUGAAAUGGGUCUAGGAAAAACAAUUCAAGCAAUUGCCAUAGCUUAUUUUUACAAAAACGAAUGGCCUCUUUUAAUAGUUGUUCCUUCAUCUCUGAGAUAUCCUUGGACAGAGGAGAUUGAGAAGUGGAUUCCAGAACUAGGACCACAUGAGAUUAUUAUUAUUCAGAAUAAAACUGAUGUUGGGAGAAUAUCGACCAGCAAAGUGACAGUUCUAGGUUACGGUCUAUUAACUACAGAUGCAAAGCUUCUAAUAGACACUCUAUACAAACAGAACUUUAAAGUUGUUAUAAUAGAUGAAUCACACUACAUGAAGUCCAGAAAUGCAUCCCGAAGCAAGAUUUUGUUGCCAGUAGUACAAAAUUCUAGAAGAGCCAUUCUUCUUACAGGGACUCCAGCUUUGGGAAGACCUGAAGAGCUUUUCAUGCAAAUUGAUGCACUCUUUCCAAAACAAUUUGGAACAUGGACUGAAUAUGCAAAAAGAUACUGUAAUGCUCAUAUCAGGUAUUUUGGUAAAAGAGCUCAAUGGGACUGUAGAGGUGCAUCAAAUCUAAAUGAACUUCAUCAGCUAUUAAGUAAUAUAAUGAUAAGGAGAUUAAAAACUGAAGUUUUAACACAACUACCCCCUAAAAUUAGACAGCGUAUUCCAUUUGAUCUUCCAUCUGUAGCAGCUAAGGAAUUGAAUACUAGCUUUGAAGAGUGGGAGAAAUUAAUAAGGGCUCCACAUUCAGGUUCCACUGAGACGGGUAGCCACUUUUUUCAAGCCAUGGGGUUGAUGACCCGUAUGUUUAAACAAACAGCUAUUGCUAAGGCAGGAGCAGUAAAGGACUAUAUUAAAAUGAUGCUUCAGAAUGAUUCGCUUAAAUUUCUAGUUUUUGCUCAUCAUUUAAGUAUGCUCCAAGCUUGUACAGAAGCAGCUAUAGAAAGCAAGGCUCGUUAUAUUAGAAUAGAUGGAAGUGUUCCUUCUUCAGAAAGAGUAUAUCUGGUCAAUCAGUUUCAGAAGGAUCCUGAGACUCGGGUGGCUAUCCUAAGCAUUCAAGCUGCUGGCCAGGGUUUAACUUUUACUGCAGCAAAUCAUGUCAUAUUUGCUGAGUUAUAUUGGGAUCCAGGACACAUAAAGCAAGCAGAAGACCGUGCUCACCGAAUUGGACAGAGUAGUUCUAUAAAUGUCCACUAUCUUAUUGCAAAUGGAACACUGGACUCUCUGAUGUGGGGGAUGUUGAACCGCAAGGCCAUUGUUACUGGUAGUACAUUAAAUGGUAGGAAAGAGAAACUAGAAGCGGAAGAAGGUGACAAAGAAAAAUGGGAUUUCCUGAAAUUUGCUGAAGUUUGGACUCCUAAUGAAAGUUUUGAAGAAAUCAAAAAUGAAGUUCUGUUCACCCAUUUUGAAAAAGAAAAACAGCAUGAUAUUCGAGCCUUCUUUUUACCAAAACAUAAUAAGAAAAGACAUACAAUGGCAUCCUGUGAUGAAUCAUGUGUACUACAGGAAAGAGAUACUGAGAAGGCCUUGGAUUGUAGAAAUAUAGCUGCGAGGGAUGCCAUUGAUUGUGGAUGUGAUUUUGAACCUGCAGCUAAAAGGUGGAAAUCAGUGACUACUCAGAACAAUUCCAGUCAAAAAGAGAAAAGACCAUCCUGUUCUAGUCCAGCAAACACUGAAUUUAUAAAAGAAACAAUUCAGAAGACAAAGUCUAAUUCAAUCAACAUAUCCCUUCCUAGAAAAACUUGGCAGUGUGGUCUCUGCACCUAUGUUAAUAGUUCCUUAUUGCCUUAUUGUGAAAUGUGUGAGACCCCUCAAGGCAGUGCUGAAAAUCUAAGCAAGCAACAAAUAGAUCUCAUCUGUAUCCAAGAUGGAAAAGGAAAUCAAGUGAAUGAGUCCCCAAAAAACAGCAUCUUGCAAGUUGAAACCAGCCCUUCUUGUAUGCAGCAAGUCAUUGAACAAUCAACAACAGAACAGUUUGUGGAAAGACAGGAAGAGAAAGCUAAAAAUGAAAAUGAAGGUGAACUAAAAUCCCAAAAAGAACAGAUGGAGAAUUCAGACCCUUUACCUGUAUAUGAUGUCCUAAUGUUCUGUGCAAGUAAGAAUACAGAAAGAAUUCAUCUCUACACUAAGGAUGGUGAACAAAUGAAUUGCAAUUUUAUUCCUUUGGAUGUAAAAUUAGACCUCUGGGAAGAUUUACCAGCUUGUUUUCAAGUGAAACAAAACCGUUCACUGAUUUUGAAGUUUGUGCGAGAGUGGAAUAGUCUCACAGCCAUGAAGCAAAGAAUUAUCAGGAGAAGUGGCCAUAUCUUUUGUAGCCCUAUUCUGGCUUUGGAUGAGAUAACAAAGCAGCAGACCAAACAAAAUAGCAUCAAAAGAUACAUAACUAAAGAAGAUGUUGCAGCAGCUACUAUGAACAAAGUACAGAAUGAUGGGGGUAGCAUCCGUGUGAUCACAAAGAAAUCCAGAUUUUCCUCUAAAAACCAAACGUCUUCUGAUAUAGAAACAUGGGAAACUACUAUAAACCCAGUCCAAAAUGAUCUCAUCACACAACCUUCUACAUCUAAAGGAUUUUUGCAGGCUAUGGAUAUUAAAGGAAAUCCACUUUGUCUCCACUGUCAACAGCCUACUUGCAAGUCUGACCAACAAUAUAACAUGAGCGCUUGGGAUUCACGGUUUUGUUCUCAGAAAUGUCAGGAAGAAUUUUGGAUUCGAUCAAAUAACAGCUACCUACGUGCUAAAGUAUUUGAAAUUGAACAUGGUGUGUGUCAGCUCUGUAAUCUGAAUGCUCAGGAACUCUUUCUUUCUGUCAGAGAUGCUCCUAAAAAUCAACGGAAAAAUCUUCUGCAAACCACUUGGAUCUCAAAACUCUCCAUAGAACAGUUAAAUGAGAUGAUGAUAAACCCUGUAGAAGGGCACUUCUGGCAGGUGGAUCAUAUCCGACCAGUCUACAGUGGAGGAGGGCAGUGCUCUCUGGAAAACCUUCAGACUCUCUGUACAGUUUGUCAUAAAGAGAAAACAGCUAAACAAGCAAAAGAAAGAAGCCAAGCAAAAAGGAAAUCUUCAGCUUCAAAGCAUGGAUCUGAUAUCACCAGAUUUUUCAUAAAGAAGUAAAAUGCAAACAUAUAAAUGAAUCAAAUAUAAAGGAAUGGGAACUUGCAGACUUUUUUUCAGUUUUCAUAUUUAUUCCUUUUAAAAUUUGGAAAAGGUCAAUCAAGAAUUUUCAAGAUUUUCUCUGCUGACAUGAACUGUUUCAGUAUUAUAGAAGAUUCACAGCAAUUGUGUCAAGGCAUACUCAAAUGGAGGUAUUUUGCCAUAAGGCCCUGGGAGUCAUGGCAGAGAUGGCAUUAUCACAGAGUACUAAAUUCCCAUGAUAUUGAUUUUAUUCAGAACUGCAUCCAUUUUCAGUGAGUUUAACCCUGUUUUUUUCUAUUAGAUCUUAAUUACUAUAUCACACAGAUUUUGUCUUAAAAACAAUAACAACAACAACAAACCUACUUUGUUGUUUUUGAACUGGUGCUAGGAUUAGUGUUGGCCUUGUAGUGUCUGGCUAUCCAAUAGUUUGCAGUCCAAAAUUUUUUUUUGUUGCUAAUAUCAUGCUUAUUCAAAAAUGCUCAGUUAGUUAUUAAAAUUAUGCUGAGUAUGCAAGAAGAGACCCAUAUUUCUGAAAUGUCUCCAACUUGGUUUCUUACUUUAUGCAUUUUGUAGUUUGGUUAGCUUGAACUUAUCAACAAUAAAUAUGCUUUUGAAAUUAAGCUAAUGUAAAAUAUCAUAUUUAUGGACAGCUUGGUAUUUCUAGGCAAAGCUACUAAUAAAGUUAUUUCAAAAUUGACUUUCCAUUUAAAAAAGGAACACUAUUUUAAGAUUUCAUUUGAUUGGUUUCUGAAAUGUCUAAAAGCAAAAUUAUCAUUGAAAUAAUCUUCAGCAUCAGAUAGGUAAGCUUUUCAUCAUGUUUAAUUAGUUUAAAGUGAGAUUAAAAGAUUAAAGAUAAAGAUUAAAGAGGCAUGACAAGAAUCAUCAGGUCCAACUUAGAAGCUGGAGCAACCUAAAGAAUAACUUAAAAGGAUUUACUUAAAAGAAUACCUUAAAAAAAAAUUAAAAAAAAAAUAAUGCUUUAAAAGACUUAAGAGUAGAGACCUAUUGAAAAACUAUAAAUCUAUUUGGAUAUAUACCAAACUAGCAUAGAGAUUUCCCAGUUCUAAUUGUCUUUGCACUUUGUAAAAUAGAUGCCCUUGAUAGAAAGAUGGCACAGGAUAAUGUUUCUUUUGAGAAUUGUGUCACUUGAUAUUCAUUCACUGGUUUAGUUUAGUGUUAUUUUGUAAAGUAGGUUGUGUUACUUUGGGCCUCCUCUCUUUUCUGUAUGAGUUGUUGGCAGACUUCUCUCUCUGGAGUUGGCUCACUUGAAGGUUGAUGUAGGAUUUGGCAUAGUUGGUAGUUAAGAAAAAUAAGAGACCAUCAUCAGAGCCCAGCAUGCUUUAUUUCCUGUAUCAUAGCAUGGUUGCAAGUUAGAAUUUGGUAGCUAUAGAUCCCACCUGAGUAGUCACUUGCUCUCUGGCUAUAAACUAAAACAUUAAUCAUAAGAGUAAUAGAAAUAUGAAUUUAAGAAGUAGAACAGAUUGAGAUGCAGUGAGCCAAGAGCAGAUAUCUCCCUUCUAUGCCAGGUUUUUAAAAUGUUGGCCAUUCAAAAAGUUUAAAAAAUUAAAUGACAUCAGCGAGUAUCUACCAUGCAAAAUAUUUAGAAGCCCAUAUCUUGAGUGAUAAGAGUCACAUCUUUUUCCAGGAUGAUGUAUUUAGCCUUUCUGAAGCAUAAAAUUAAGGUUUUGAGGCAGAGAUCUGAUAUCAAAGGCUUCAGACUAAAGAUCUCUGCAGGUGAAUUUUUUGAAAUUGUUCUUUCUCAUAUAUAUUUUGUUCACUUGUUUCAGUUGUGUUUAAAAAUGUUCUUUCUCAAGGGCAUUUGCAAAGGAGCUAUCAAGUAAAAAGAUAAAAAUGGAGGCCUGGAACAAAGUACAAGGAAGGUUGCCAACCCAAACAUUUCAGGCCUCCAACAACAAUAAUCCAGACUGAAUCCUCAGAGAAGAAAAGUUGCUACAGUAUAAGAAAUCCAUAGUAAAUGAAAACUAAUGACUAAGAAAAAUGGUUUCUCAAAUCUUAAAGAAAUAGGAAAGUUUUACAGUCCAGGCUGUUCUCCUCAAACUAAAAUAAUGAAUUGGGAAUUUUCAUCCUGAGAAUGAAUCAAAGAUUGGCCAUAUUGAAACCAAGAACUAUAAUUAUGUUGUAUAAUUAUGUUGAAGGAAGCCUUCCUUUACAUAGAAUCUUGGCUCUAGAAUUCUUAAAUAUUUUCAUUACUUCAGAAUGAGGUUUAUAUCAUAGGAUUUCAGCCAGGCCCAGAUGAGAAAAAUAAAUACCAGGUAGGUAUCAGUGUAUCUUUUCUUGCAUUGAGUUGGUUCAUUUUAUAUUUAGGAACACAGAUCUCUAGGCAGACUUUGAUAAUAAAUGAAGAUGCCAUGGCAAACGCAUUCAUUUUGAAAUUAAAAAAAAAAAAACUCACUCAGCAAUCAUUGCAAUUCAAUGUAUAUUUCUCAGGUCUUUCUGUUAGUAACAGUCAACUUUUACCACUUCCUCCUCACCCUUUAAAGAUUUAUGGCACAGAUUUUUCCUUUUGUUUCAUGUUAAUAAGUUGAAUUUUUCAAAUCUUUGCUUGUCAUCUGCUUUCAUUAUUACAU